UGGCCAGGAAGAGUGGCCACCUGCCCCGGGCUGCCGCAGGGCUAGAGGGAGAGAGUGGGCUGUACCUGUCCCCACGCCCGGCCAGCGUGCCAGGCGGAGAACUCGACCCACAGGCGCCGUGCGGGGCUCAGGGCCCAAGCCAGGCUUGUGUUCGUGGGCUCUGUUUUAGAGACAUCUGUGUUCAGGGAGGAGGUGCGGCUUUCCUGAGGCCAGCCCAGCCAGCGGCAGGGCAGACUCGAGCCCAGCCCAGUGGCUUCAGACUGGCUCGCUCCCUGCUGGAGCUCCAGCCAGCCUCUACGACUGCCCGCCGGGUGAGGGUGGGAGCACGGCUGCCUUCCUGGGCCCGGCCCCUCUGUUGGGUGCUGGGUGCUGCGAGAGCAGAUAAAUGUUCUUGAUGCAAGCAAGACAGGAAUGCUCUGAUCAUUUACCGAAGAUCACUGAGGCAAACAAACCUUUGUGAGAUCUCCAGACAGUGUACCAUCCCAGGCAGAAAGGUUAGUCUGAGGUGCGUGGUUAGCACUUCUGUGCUGAGGACAGUAGCCUCUGGCGAAAACAGACAUCAGACUGUGGCAGCCUUCCAAGCGCUCGACUUCCAUCUCGCUGUCCCCAUGCGGCUGGAGUCAAAUAGCACCUGUUACCCGUUUUUUUAAAAAAUGGCUACAGGAGUCUCAAUAGAUGCCCAUAAUGGAGAGAGCUAAGUUGCUCAGUUGUGUCCGACUCUUUGCGACCCCGUGGAUGUAGCCCACCAGGCUCCUCCGUCCAUGGGAUUCUCCAGGCAAGAAUACUGGAGUGGGUUGCCAUUUGCUUCUCCAGGGGAUCUUCCCGACCCAGGGAUCGAACCCAGGUCUCCCGCAUUGCAGGCAGACGCUUUAACCUCUGAGCAACCAGGGAAGCCCGCCCAUAGUGGAGAGAUGGUACCAAAUCCCCCAAUACCUCCGGCUCAUUUGGUUCCAGAAAUUUCUGAUUGUGAAGCUGUGACACCUUCCGUUUAUUUCUCCACCCUCAUGUCUUCUUCCCACCAGUGACUCUUCUGUGGAAUGCCUGCCUGCAGCUUAGCUGCUGUUUUUAGAAAGUUAAGAGCCAGUAUCCAGGUUCCAGGCCAGUGACCGUGGGGCAGAGUAGGUGUGUAUCCUGCUCAUGACACACGGCAGGGCAGAGGCUGUGAACCUGUGCGAGCUGGAACAUGGUGUCUGGUGACCUUCCGGACCAGCGGCUCAUUUCAGAGGCUCCCAGGCUGCAAAGGGAAGAGUGAGGGCCAGGUGGGCCACCACCCCUGAGCAAAGAGGUAUUUACAGCUGAGUCAGCCUCUCAAAGCCUUUUCUCAUGACCCAGAGCCUGUGUGACCUCUCCCAGUACCUGCAGAAGCCCUAUGAAAAGAAGUUAUGCUCCAGAAUCCGUAGUGAAUUCUCAAGAAUAUCCACUUAUCUUAAAGGGAAGCCCUACUGAUAACUUUGUAGAAACAUUAAAACAGACUCUUUUUUUAAAUGUAAACCUUCAUGCCACGUGCGUUAUUAAGCAUGGUUUUUAAUCCUGUAGGGCAUGGGAUGGCAGACAGGUUAGCCAAGAAGCCUCGGAGAGGGUGCCGGUGGAUGUAGCUGCCCUUUGACCCCUCCUGCCCCCGACCCCGGGCACUCCCUGCACGAUGCACCCCCCAGCCUACAACUGCUUUGUGGACAGAGACAAGAUGGACUCGGCCAUCCCGGACCUGGGGCCCAAGGAGCUGAGCUGCACGGAGCUGCAGGAGCUGAAGCAGCUGGCACGCCAGGGCUACUGGGCCCGUAGCUACGCCCUGCGGGGGCAGGUGUACCAGCGCCUGAUUCAGGACAUCCCCUGCCGCACAGUCACCCCUGAUGCCAGCGUGUACAGAGACAUUGUUGGCAAGAUCGUGGGCAAGCACAGUAGCACCAGCCUGCCCCUGCCCGAGUUUGUGGACAACACGCAGGUGCCCAGCUACUGCCUGAACUCAAAGGGCGAGGGCGCUGUGCGCAAGAUCCUGCUGUGCAUCGGCAACCAGUUCCCCGACGUGUCCUUCUGCCCCGCACUGCCCGCCGUUGUGGCCCUGCUGUUGCACUACAGCGCCGAUGAGGCUGAGUGCUUUGAGAAGGCCUGCCGCAUCCUGGCCUGCAACGACCCCAGCAGGAAGCUGGUAGACCAGAGCUUCCUGGCCUUCGAGUCCUCCUGCAUGACGUUCGGGGACCUGGUGAACAAGUACUGCCAGGCGGCCCACAAGCUGAUGGUGGCCGUGUCGGAGGACGUCCUGCAAGUGUACGCAGACUGGCAGCGCUGGCUCUUCGGGGAGCUGCCCCUCAGCUACUUUGCCCGCGUCUUUGACGUCUUCCUGGUGGAGGGUUACAAGGUGCUGUACCGCGUGGCACUGGCCAUCCUCAAGUUCUUCCACAAGGUGAGGGCGGGGCAGCCGCUCGAGUCGGACAACGUGAAGCAGGACAUCCGCGCCUUCGUCAGGGACAUCGCCAAGACCGUAUCUCCCGAGAAACUGCUGGAGAAGGCGUUUGCCAUCCGCCUCUUCUCUCGGAAGGAGAUUCAGCUCCUGCAGAUGGCCAAUGAAAAAGCUCUGAAGCAGAAGGGCAUCACUGUCAAGCAGAAGAGUGUUUCACUUUCUAAAAGGCAGUUCGUGCACCUGGCCGUUCAUGCAGACAACUUCCACUCAGAGAUCGUCGGUGUGAAGGAGAUGAGAGACAUCUGGUCGUGGGUCCCUGAGCGGUUCGCCCUCUGCCAGCCCCUCCUGCUCUUCUCCUCGCUGCAGCAUGGAUACAGCCUGACCAGGUUCUACUUCCAGUGCGAAGGACGAGAGCCCACUGUCCUGCUGAUCAAGACUACACAGAAGGAGGUGUGUGGCGCUUACCUGUCAACAGACUGGAGUGAGAGAAACAAGUUUGGGGGCAAGCUGGGCUUCUUCGGGACCGGAGAGUGCUUCGUGUUUAGGCUGCAGCCCGAGGUCCAGCGCUAUGAGUGGGUAGUCAUCAAACACCCAGAGCUCACCAAGCCCGCAUCCCUGGAGUCUGCCACCGUUCCACCCUCCCCCAGCCACUCUGUGUCCUCUGAGCCCGCAGACCGCCUCUCGCCGUUCCUGGCUACUCGACACUUCAAUCUGCCCUCCAAGACGGAGUCCCUGUUCAUGGCGGGGGGCAGCGACUGCCUCAUCAUAGGUGGAGGGGGCGGCCCGGCGCUGUACAUCGAUGGGGACCUGAACCGGGGCCGCACGGGCCAUUGCGACACUUUCAACAACCAGCCCCUCUGCUCUGAGAACUUCCUUAUCGCCGCCGUGGAGGCCUGGGGCUUCCAGGAUCCUGACAUCCAGUGACGGGAGUGAGCCAAUGGUGACUGAGCUGCCGCUGCCGGUGGGGAGAGGUGGGGGUGGUACCUGGGCCCCUCCUCAUGGAGGUGGCGGUGAGUGCCCCACAUAUGUGGGCACUAUCAAGGUGCAGCUGGGCACAGUACUUAUCUAGGCAGUGGUGCCAUGGCCGCAGCUGGCCCUCCCGGACCUGCGGUACUUGCUACUCGUUCGUCCUGGACUCAGGCCCUGGCUAGCCUCUGGGCAGGCAUCCCGUGCGGGAGGCCGGGGUCUAUGGCCCCUGAGCCUCAGUCCCCUGCGGUGAGAGGGUACUGGGGCUGGGCGAGCCGGCUGGGGCCAAGGAGCCUGCCCAAGUGUGGGCACACGGCUCCCCCUGCUGGUGCCUCUGGGAAUCUCCCGAGGAGCCCCUGCAGCUCCUGCUGGCCUGCUACAGUUGGGGCCCUGGGGCUGUGGGUCCCCGGAGACCGCAGGCGCUCUGUUGACUGUUCCUGGCGGGAGCAUCUGCCUGGAGCUUCUGACUCAGUUCCCGCCUCCCCUGGGCCCCCUUUGGACAGGAACCGCUGGUGAAAGCAGGGAGGACGAGCCGCGUGCAGGGCUCCGGGCCUUUACCCAGGGAGGGCCCCUCCCCAGGGAGGGCCAAGGGCCGGAGGGGACGGUGCUUGUCCUUGUGUUUCUGCAGAGCCUGAAGCCUCUGCUGGGCCUCAGGGUAGAGUUACGCCUGGAAGGGCCCUCUGGGACGGACCCCACACCAGCCAGCAGUAUUUCUGGGCCCUGCUUGGAGAAGCCGGGACCCACGGAGCCUUCUGCAGCCUCCUCUUCUCCAGUUCCGGGCCUCCUUAGCUCCCCAAGCUCCCUGCCAUGGCCCCACUUGACUGCAGUGACCUAGCCUGGGGUCCUGUCCGACCCCUCACAUGCGCUGUCUUAUCACGCCUCCCCCACCUGGUGCCACCCGCCCUCCCAGCUCCUGCCACAUGGACCUUCCUGACGCACCAUCUUUGCGUCCAUCUCACAGUGCCGCCUGGGCCUGCAGGGCGGCCCUCCACCCGUGAUUCCCUCAGCUGGUCCUGAGGGCCCGGCCACCCAGUGGGAGGAGAGACGUGGACACUCCAGGGCUGGGGAUCCUGUCCCCUCGGUGCCCCAUGCACCCCCACCCCUGUGCUCAUCCUGCGGGGCGUGCAUCCUCCCUGCCCACCUCCUCAGAUGUCCCCCGAGCCCAGCCGUGGCGAUACGGAAGGACACACCAGGAACCCUGUGUGGCUUUGGGCAGGCCGGUGAACCUGUCUGGAACUCAGUUUCCCCAACUGUAAAAUGGGGCCGUUCACCCUGCGCUGCCAUCCCCGCAGGGCUGCUGAGAGGCCUGCAGAGGGGAGAGGUGCUGGCGGCGGGCAGCUUCCUCCCCAGACACCACAGCCCUCGCUGCCCCUCCUCGAGCUCCCUCAGCCCUCACCUGUGCUUCGGUGUUCAUUAAACGGCUGUGUGAACUGCA